AUGAAGAAUCUCAAAAAUGGAAUUUUGCUAAUAGAUGACUCUUUAAGUUUGGGAUUGGGUGAUUUGUAUCGAUAUAAAAUCACCGUUAACAAAACGGAGCUCGAUAAACAGAACAUAAAGAUCUCCGAACUGCAUCUGCUUUUCAAGAACACAGAAAGCCCCCUACUAAAGCCUGUCUACCUUACAGGACCGUACUCUUUCUAUGUGGAUAUCCGACCGUUCAAUUAUGAUGAACAAAAGAAGUUUGAAGGUGAGGAAGUGCAGUUUUCCGAAGAUGUAAAGCCUAAUGACUGCUUCAAAGGGAUUUUGAAAAUCAAUCAAAACUCUCGAGUUGAAGAUAGCGAAUUCUAUUGCUGGUAUAUCGAUGUCUUAUCACAACUUUCAGUUAUUACUUUACCUACCCUCAACUUCAGAUUAUGUGUAGCAACUGAGCAAUUGCAUGAGAUGCCGCUGGCGGACAUCACUCUUAUUGAGGGGUUUGAAUGCGAGAAGUGGGACACAAAAACGCUAUGGAAUCUUCCUCCGAAAUAUCCCAAGUUACCUGUUCAUCUUGUGAUUAUUACGCAUGGUAUCUUUUCUAAUAUCGGAUGUGAUAUGCUUUAUCUAAAAGAUAAAAUCGAGGCAGCGGCUAAUGGCACAGAAGAGGAAAGAAAUCCUAAUCUGAUUGUAAGAGGAUAUAUGGGUAAUGCUGGUAAGUCUAUGAGGGGUAUAAGAUGGCUAGGGAUACGGUUGGCUCGAUAUGUCAUCGAAACAGUUGAUAACUCCAAGACGAAAUACAACGUUAAAUACAUCUCGUUCAUCGGUCACUCUCUCGGUGGUCCUGUUCAAUCAAUGGCUAUACAUUAUAUAGCAGUGGAGAGACCGGAUAUUUUCGACUCUGUUAACGGGCUUGAACCUAGGAACUUCAUAACCCUGGCUAGUCCAUAUCUAGGUGUAGUAGGAGAUUUUCCUAAAUUCGUUUCAAUAGCACUGGAUAUUGGCGCUUUAGGUCAAACUGGAAAAGACCUCACCUUACAACGAACGUUUUGUUUGCCAAAGGAGGGUUUAAGAAGGAAGGAGGAUGGUCACCAGGGUCAGUAUAGGCACAAGCCUUUGCUGGAAAUAAUUCCAAGGUCACCUGCACUGGCCAUUCUGGAGCGCUUUCAAAAGCGUACUUUGUACGCCAACAUUCUUCAUGAUGGCAUUGUCCCUCUUAGAACAUCGGCACUACUUUAUUUAGAUUGGAAAGGUUUGGAUCAAGUUGAAGGUGCACGUAACCGUCGAGAAGGCCUUGAAAGUCAACCUUCCCAUGGAAAUGCAGAAACGAAGAAUACUGGAGAAAUCCCGGAAGAAAGCAUGGACAAGACAUCUGCAAUUAAGUGGGCACUUCCACAAUAUGCGGUAAGAAGAAAAUAUAAGAAGUACGUCAGAACCCAAAUAAUUGAUGCUAACGGUGAAGAGGAUUCUGAAAAGUCGUCGUCCAAUCCUAAAUCCUUUACACCUCCACCUCAGGCGUCGCCAUUUUUAUCUGCUGCACAUGUGCUAAUUGCACCGUUGCCCUCCCAAGAGUACUUCACAGACCCUUCAACGCGUGGUGAUAAGAUUGUUCAUGAUAAGAUGUAUCAUCCAGAUGAGCUGCCCCCGCCACACUACACUCACAGGAAGCUGAUAAAAAAAAUUAUAUUUCCUAAUGACAGAAUUCAUAGAGUACAAGAGAGAAUCGCAAGAAAAUGGCAGGAUACUAUGGAGUGGAGGAAGGUUCUGGCAGAUCUUCAGCCAGAUUCCCAUAAUAAUAUUGUCGUGAGACGUCGGUUUGUGAACUCCUUCGGCUGGGUCGUAGUUGAUCAUCUCGCAUCAGAACAUUUUGGUACUGAAAAUAUAUCCAACCAUGGCUAA